AUGUCUUCACUAGUUACCAGUCAAAUAUUUUCAGUAUUUGUAAAAUCUCAUACAUUAGGGCAAUCUACUGGAAACCCAUCUGCAUCUUCCAAAGAAGUGUCUAAUGACUAUCUGACAUUCAAGCUAAAAGAAAUUAAUGUUUUUCUUGUAGAAGAAUAUAUGAUUAUUGCAGAAGCUGCAUUAAUUGAAAUACUAAUAAUUAAAGAGAUUUUUCGCCCAAAAGAAGCAGCUGCAAAAGAAGAAAUUGUCGUCUAUGAGGCUGCUUUAUAUGAAGAAAGAUGCUCAGCUUUUGCGGAGGCAGAAUCUGCUUCAAGGAGCAAGUAUGUUGCACUUGCAUUUGAACAGCAGAAGACUGCGCAAGAGAAAAACUGCCGCAUGCAGAAGCUCCAGCUUGCAGAAGCCGCAUUACUUGCAGCCACCGCAAAGAAAUUGGCCGAAGAAGCCCAGGGCAAUGCAUCAGUGGCAGCAAUCCCCCGGCUGCUCUGA